UGACAUUAAAACUGAUGCAAGUUCCGUAAACUUGCACCCCAUGCUGAUUUUCAUACAUCUAUAAAAUGCCAAGACUUACAAUGUAAAUCAGUAUUCAUUAUUGAUCAGCGAGAGCAUCUUGACUGUUCACACUUUGAAAGCUGAGUCUUAAUUACUCUCAGAAUGCAUUGUAAGGAGUUGUUGCUGUUGCUAACCAUUGGUCAAGUUAUGACAGAGGUUUCAACUGGUUCCAGUACAUGUGACCCACAUUACCCGCUUCAGUAUGGGACAAGUUGCUAUUUUAUUGGUUUACUGCCUAAAACUUGGUCUGAGGCAAGAGAAAUUUGUCAAAACAUGGAUGGAGACUUGGUUGCCAUAGAAACAUAUGGUGAAGACAGCUUCUUGUAUCAACAAAUCAAGUCUUUGCCAGUGCUCACAAAUGUAUACUACUGGACAGGUGGAUAUCAAAAUCUGGCCAUUUACAAAGACCAGUGGAAGUGGAUGUCCACCGAUCAGUCCAUUCCAUUCAAUAGUCAAUACUCUAGAUGGAAAAGUGGACAGCCAAGCAGCCUAUUCGAACAUUGCCUUAAUCUGCUGUGUAAUGAGAACUGUGAAUGGAAUGAUGCACGAUGUUCACUCAAAUUUCCAUUUGUUUGUGAACAAAUGAUAAACAAAGCCAAAAACAAAUGACAAAGUUGAACUGUUUUGUGAAUGGUUCUUAUUUGAUCUAAACAGAUCGAACCAGGCUAAAAAUAAAUAAUAAAUAUCUAAAAAAAAACAUCUUAAAUUUUUUUCUAAUUACUUGGAAUGAAUAUGCUAUACUUAACCUGGCAUUAUGCAAUUAUGGGCCAAUUUUCAAAUUGAUAUUCAAAAUAAAUACUAAGUAACUUUAUAAACUAGCGCCCACAUAUUGAUGAACAGUUUCCAUAUAACUAUCAGCAUAAUGAAAUUACAAAACCUGCCUGUUUACCUGAAACUGUUACGUUAUAUCCAUCAUUAAGAUAGCAAAAUGUAAUACCAUGUUACUUGUAAAGAUUUUAGCUUAUUGUAACUUUAGAUCAUCAGAUACUUCCAGGAAUAUCAAUAUUCAAAUAAAUAAAUAGUAGAUAUAGAUCUACAGGCAUCAAGCCUGAUUCCACAAAAUAAUCU